UGGCUCCAAUGCUCCGAUGUCAUAAAUCCUCCUCCCACGCAGGGUAUGGCCACCUCGUGUUUCAGCAAUGUGGACGAGUAUGGAUUUGAAAGGCCACAGGAUUUUGAUUAUGGAACUUACGAGGAAUUUAUGUCUGAAUACUUGAAGGUGUUGGCUAAAAGAGCGAAAAAAUGGGCUGAUAUUGUUGGUGAUGGUAAAUCUGUUGAACGCAGUAUCACUAUCAAACGUUAUGUGCGUAAAGGCAUUCCAGGAGAGUACAGAGGAAUGGUGUGGCUGGCAGUGAGUGGAGGCGAAGACUUGAAAAACGCAAACCCGGAUCUUUACCAGAGAUUAUUGAAUGGUCCUCACAAUGUCCAGGUUACUGAGAUUAUUAAGACUGAUCUCCCGAGGACGUUUCCUGAUAAUAUAUUUUUUAAUAAUACUGUUAAUCAUCAGCACCAGCUGUACAAUAUAUUACUAGCAUUUGCACACCAGAAUGAAACUGUUGGUUACUGUCAAGGGCUUAAUUAUAUCGCGGGUUUAUUGUUACUAGUUACUAAGAGCGAGGAAACGGCGUUUUGGUUACUGAAAGUAUUAAUUGAAAAAAUACUGCCUGAUUAUUAUACUCCGACGAUGGAUGGGUUGCUUACGGACAUUGAUGUACUGGCAGAAUUUGUUAAAUUGAAGAUACCUGAAGUUUAUGAGCAUGUUACUAAUUUAGGGUUACCCUGGGCUGUUAUUACCACUAAGUGGUUUAUAUGUCUUUUCGCGGAAGUCCUACCGAUAGAGACAACACUGAGAAUAUGGGACUGUCUUUUUUAUGAAGGUAAUAAAAUAAUAUUUCGCGUUGCAUUGACACUUAUUAAAAGAAAUAAAAAUAAUCUAUUGGCUUGUGAUGAUUUUGCGUUAUUAGCCGAUUGUUUUAAAAAUAUAACUAAAGAUAGUAUAGUUUUACAAUGUCACAAUUUUAUGCAGAGUAUUUUCAAAGUACCUGGAUCAUUACCUAGCAAUACAAUAGCGAAAUUGCGUACAAAAGUAUCUCAGGAACGAGCAAUGAACAAGAAAAGUUCAAAACGAUAGCAUUUACAGUGAUACAAAAUAUACAAUACUAAAAAAAAAUUCAGUAAGAAUUUUAUCAGGCUCUAGUCAAAACAAUUGUUUUAAUUUUAAAUCGUGCAAUUUUAAAAAACGUUUUUUUUUUUAAUUACAUAUACGUAUUUACAAACAAAUCAACAAUAUUUUGGUAACUCAAUUUAAAUGUUUGAAUUAAAUGUUGACUUUUUAGACAGUUGUAUAAAUAAUUCAGU